AUGUCUCAGGAGAAUUUACAGAAGCGGGCUGUGGAAGCAGACCACGAAGCUGUCGUGGCAAAGAAGGCCAAAACCGAGGACGAUGGACUCAAGGAAAUCGACGUUGGGAUCACAGAGUACCUCUCAGCAGAGCUACCAGGGUUUAGCGGGCAGAUCAAGCAGCGCUAUUCCGACUUCAUGGUCAAUGAGAUCCAGAAGGAUGGAACAGUGGUGUACUUGCGGGACAAUGGGUUCAAAAUGCCUGCUAAACCCAAACCGUCUGCCGACCAGGUGAAGGCACAGCAGGCUGAAGAGCGCGAACGGCGCCACAACCACGCGGUGGAGGCAGAGCUGCGGAACCAGCUGGUAGAGCUACUGGGCGAGGAGGACAUGCAGCAGAUUGAGGCCGUGUACAGGAACGUCACGAAAAUGGAAACCACCAGGAGCUUUGACGACAAAGCUGCACGGACGAAGAUCCACCAGCUGCUACGAAAGGCGUUCAACAAUGAGCUUGAAUCGGUCACUUCGGCGUCCAACACAUUCCAGAUUGCCCUGGCCAACCGUAAAACCAGAGUCAGCAAAGAGGACUAUGUGGAGCAGACAAGAGACGAGAACGGUGUCAUUAACUGGGGGUACGGCCCCUCCAAGAACUGCGUGCACUUCACAAUGUACAAGGAGAAUAAGGACACCAUGGACGUGGUCAACAUCAUUGCCAAGUUCUUGCGUGUGCCGACAAAGGCCAUCCGCUUUGCGGGGACUAAAGACCGUAGGGCAGUCACCUGCCAACGGCUGUCCAUCGGCAGGAUCGGCUUGGAUCGGAUAAACGCUUUGAAUAAUGCGUUGAAGGGUGUGGUUCUGGGCGGUUUCAGCUUUGAGGACGAGCCGCUGAGCCUGGGUGAUCUCAACGGCAAUGAGUUCGUCAUUGUCAUCAGAGAUGUGUCUACCGAUCCAAAUUCAGCCACACCUCUGGAGUCGAUCCUGGACCGCGGUUGUGAGCUACUAAAGAACAGGGGCUUCAUCAACUAUUUUGGAAUGCAACGGUUUGGAACCUUCAGCGUCUCUACGCAUGAGGUCGGGAAGGAACUGUUACUGGAGAAUUGGAAAAACGCCGUUGACUUAAUCCUAUCAGAGCAGAACAACGUUCUUCCCGCCUCUAAGGAGGCCAGGAAAAUAUGGGCAGAAACUGGAGAUGCUGAGAGCGCUCUCAGGAAAAUGCCACGCCAAUGCUUAGCAGAAAACUCUAUUUUGCACACCUUAGCAACCCAGAAGAAGAAUGAGGGCGAGUAUGAAAGCGGAGCAUACUAUGCUGCUAUCAUGAAGAUUCCACGUAACUUGAGGACCAUGUAUGUACAUGCAUACCAAAGUUAUGUUUGGAACACCGUUACAAGUAAAAGAAUGGCUCUGUUCGGACUACAUGCUGUUGCCGGGGAUUUGGUACUUGUCGAAUCCGACGAAAAUGCCAAGGUAAAUAUUGCUGAGGACAGCGAAGAUGCAGAUGACAGUGAAUUUUCAGAGGAUCUGCGUGGUGCACAAUUUGUGCGUGCGAAAGCGCUCACCGAGGAGGACAUUGCUUCAGGUAAGUGGACUAUAGAUGAUGUAGUGCUUCCGACGCCCGGAUUUGACACCACAUAUCCGGAGAAUGAAACACUGAAAGCACUAUACAAGGAGAUAAUGACAAAAGACGGUCUAGAUCCUUUUGACAUGAGAAGAAAAGUGCGUGACUUCUCUCUUGCUGGCUCAUAUAGGCAUAUCCUUCAAAAAACCAAGGACAUAACUUACCAAAUCAUCCACUACAAGGACUCCACGCAGCAGCUCAUUAACAGUGACUUUGAGAUUUUGAAAAAUAAGCGGGCCAAGGAAAAUGGGCGUAACUACAUGAAGGAUAAACUGGACAGGAUUUGCGCGGACAAGGGCGGCGACAAGACUGCGGUCGUGCUGAAGUUCAAGCUAGGUGUGUCCGCAUAUGCCACCAUGGCCUUGCGUGAACUAAUGAAAGCCGAAACUUCCCGCCGCGGCGACCUAUGUAGCGUUCGAACUGCCUCUGGUCAAGUUUGA